AUGUUGACUCCUUUGCCAUUUCGGAAAAGAGCUUUGCGGCUGCUGGCUGGGAAGGUGGCUUUAGCAGCAAGAGUGGACGUCUACGGCAGCAAACCCGCAGCAGCAGCAGCAGCAGCAGCAGCAGCGGGGGCGGGCGGCGACGGCGAGGAGGAAGAUGCUGCAGCAAAUAACAUCAGCUUGGUUGACAACCCGCAGGCGCCCGGCGAAGUCGGAAGGGCGCUCAGGGACUUCAUCGUCCAGGCCCUCAUGAAGGCGCAAGAGCCGCCCCCGGCGCCAGUGAAGAAGGCGCUGCCAGCGCCUGAGGACAGGGCGAAGCCGAAGAGAGGGGGAAAGAGGCACCGGCGUUUGAAGGAAAAAAGAGAACUUUCGGAGAUUCAAAAGCAACUAAAUAGAGUUAAAUUUGGAGAACAGGAGGACACUGUGGGCCUCAAAGGUGCCCGUCGGCAGCAGCAGCUGCACCCCAAGGGAGUGUCUUCUGCUGCUGCAGCAUCUGGCAGCAGCAGCAGCACAGGGUUUGCUUCCUCUCUGAGCUUCACCCCUGUGCAGGGGCUGGAGCUCUGCAACCCUCUGGCUGAGCAGCAGCAGCAGCAGCAGCAGCAGCAGUCAGACUCGAGAGACUACUUCGGGGGAGGGGGCAGAUUCACGGCGGUGGAGCGCAGCAAAGCUGCUGCGCACAAGGCGUAG